UUUGCGUGCCAGUGUGUUUGCAGCCAAUCAGGGUGAGAGCGCAGUCCCCGCCUCCCGGACUGAGGCCAUCUUACACUGAGCUCUGCUGUGGGGCGUCACACAUAUACACUGUAUCAGUUUCAGCGCUUGUGUGACGCUGCUGGUGUAACAGAGUUGUAAAUGAAGCAGGCAGAGGAGAGAGUGGCCGUUUCUGUCGACUUGUACUGAAGCAUGGAUUAUGAGAGGAGGGGCGGUCGUGGUGACCGCAUGGGUCGCUAUAGGAAAAAGUCUGAUGAUCACGACUACAGGGACAUGGACUAUCGUGGAUAUGGGCAAGGAAAUAGACUGAAAAGUGGCUUAACAAAUGCAAGACAGAACGAGCCUGAUGGUAGUUUUGCAGGCAUGAGAGACUUUUCCUCAGGUAAUUUCUCAAAUAACCGACCCGGAUUCAGACAAAAGGGGAACCAUGGGUCCGAAAACAGCCAACUUGGAAAAAGUCUCCUCCAAAGUCCCCCACAUGAUAAUCUCCACUCAAGAUUCCAGCAAGAUGAUAAUGAUUAUGAGUUUGAACCAGAGAUUGAUGCACACAGAAGGGGUAUGCAGACAUUUAGAUCAAGACAGAAGGUGUACCUGGAUGAACAAACCCCAGAUGAAGGUGAAAAAAAUGAGGAAAACACCUGGGGCAGAGUUAGAGGGCGGCACAACUCUCAGGGCGAAUAUAGUGCAGAAUGGAGAGCUGAGGAGGACAAACAUAUCAGGCAUUCUGCACACAGACAAGGCUUUCCUGACCAAGCCCAACCAGCUAGGGACAAAUUAAGAGAAGGAAGUUUUCAUCAUGCUCUGGAUAUGAGCCAGGAGGAGCCAGAACCCCGUGACCAGGACUACAGGUCUGAUACAGAGCAGGCCCAGAAACCCAGCAACAUUGUCAUGCUGAGAAUGCUCCCACCAAAUGCAACUGUUAAUGAGAUUCGUGCUCGACUGCAGGAGCAGGGGAUCCAGGCCAGAGAGGUUCGCCUCAUGAGGAACAAGUCUUCAGGUCAGAGCAGAGGAUUCGCCUUCGUCGAGUUUAAUCACUUGCAGGAGGCCAGCCGCUGGAUGGAGACCAACCAGAGAGUGCUCACUAUAUUGGGACAGCGAGUAUCUAUGCACUACAGUGACCCAAAGCCCCGUGCUAAUGAAGACUGGCUCUGCAAUAAGUGUGGAGUGCAGAACUUCAAACGAAGAGAAAAGUGUUUCAAAUGCGCAGUUCCAAAAUCAGAGGCUGAGUUGAAACUGCCUCUGUUGCCAACGAGUUUACCUCUGGACUCAGCUCAGGGUUUACUGCCCCUUCCUGCCAUAUACCAGACAGCAGCUCCACUUCUCAGCUUAAGUUCCUCAUCUCAGGCUGCAGAGAUGGCCAAUGACACUCUGAUAUUGAGGAAUCUGGGACCCCAUACGACGCUGGAGGCAAUUUUGUCAGCUCUGGCCCCGUUUGCUACUCUCUCACCUUCAAAUGUACGGCUCAUCAAAGACAAACAGACACAGCUCAACCGGGGGUUUGCUUUCCUGCAGCUCACUACUAUUGUGGAGGCUUCACAGCUGCUUCAGAUCCUCCAUUCCCUGCAGCCUCCUCUCUCUAUUGAUGGAAAGCUCAUCUCUGUGGAGUUUGCCAAGGGCUCCAAACGUGAUGUUUUCCUGACAGAUGGCAAUCGUGUGAGUGUGGCGACAGUGGCAAGUACAGCUAUAGCUGCAGCUCAGUGGGCCGUCACUCAGACGACCCAGAGCGGUGAUAUCAGUGUGCACCAGCAGGGGCCAGCAGCAGCUUUGUUUGGGCAGGAGGCUGUGCAGGUUGUCAGUGCAGAGGCGCAAGCCUUUAAAGGGCCAGUGUCUGCGGUACUGACGAGCCACACAAUAUUAGGUGCUCCUGACAGAGGAACAGUCUCUACAGGAGAAGCGGGUGCUACCUCCAUAUUGGCGCUCACAGCAUCCCAGACUCAGCUUGUCUCCACGACAACCUCCCAACAGGCCAGUCAGGCCCCGGUGGAAAUCAUCGGCAAACCUCAGCCUGCUACCCUGAACCAGCCUGCUACACCUGGAACUGCUCUGGAGUGCCAGCAGUACCCGGAUCCUGACGUCUCCACGUACCAGUAUGAUGAGAGCUCUGGCUAUUACUACGACUCUCUUACAGGCCUCUACUACGACCCUAAUUCACAGUACUACUUUAAUCCCCAUACGCAGCAGUACAUGUACUGGGAUGGGGAAAGACACACGUAUGUUCCUGCCUCGUCACAGUCGUCCGAUGACGCCACAGGAGCGACCUCUGACCCUACAGGGGCUCCCAACAGCAGCAAGGACAAGAAAGACAAGCCCAAGAAUAAGACCGCACAGCAGAUCGCCAAAGACAUGGAGCGGUGGGCCAAAAGUCUGAACAGGCAGAAGGAGAACGGGCGAGGGUCCUCCUCUUCCUCGCUGAGCACUAACUCUCGACUGAUGGCACAGGGGAGACCCGAUGACAGACGGGAAUCUGCCAGCGCUGAUGCAGGCUACGCCGUCCUGGAGAUGAAGGGUGCCUUGCUGGAGAGACCUCCGAUUCUGAUGGAGCAGAUCAAACAUCCAGAAGAAAGAGAACAGAGUCCUCCUCAGGGUCUGGUGGCAGGCUACAGUGGAGAGACCGACAGUGAGGAGGAGGCCGGAGAGCGAGAGGAGAGACUGACAGACUGGUCGAAACUGGCCUGUCUGCUGUGCAGGAGACAGUUCCCCAGCAAAGAGGCUCUGAUCAGACAUCAGCAGCUCUCUGAGCUACACCGACAAAAUCUGGAGCAGAGGAGAGCCAGACAGAGCCAGACACAAGAGAGUUCAGAAACCGAGCUGAAAUACAGAGACCGGGCCGCAGAAAGGAGAGAAAAAGGGGCCAUCCCGCAAGCACCAGAUGCAAAAAAGAGGAGAUUCAGCCCUGUCAGUGGCGUGGGAUCUCAGAUGCUUCCUGGAAGAAUGGAAAAAGGCUUUUUCAUACGGAACCUGCCAGUGGAAUAAUGCUGUGUGUCUUUGGACUUCCUUCAGUGCUAAACGAAAUGCCUCGUGAGCAGUUUUUAAUCAUAUGGUGCAGAGCACGUGCACAGUGCAGCUAAGAGACCAUCUUCAGGAUGUUUCACAAAGAAAAGAAUGAUGUGGAAAUGUGCAG